UUGGUUUUAGUAUUUCUCCGCAAAGCCACAAAAGGGAAAGGAGAAAAAAGAAAAGGAAAAUCGGGUGGAAAACGGGAAAGAAAACGAGAAACUGCGGAAAAUUGUGUUCUUUGGGCUCGCCAAGAAGCUACCACUAAGCAGACAAUGAAACUUGUGGAGAAAAUAGUGGAAAUAACGCUCGAAAGCUGAUAGAACGAAGGAGACUUUUGUAGUUUCCUGCCUCUGUGUGUGUGUGGCGAGCAGUGCGAGUGUGUUUGUGCCAGGAAGAAGGGGAGGAAGAGGCGGAGCAGCCGCGGAGAGACUUUUCGCAAGGAAAAGCAGCGAAAUUACGCCAGCUUGGUGGGAGUUCGGAGAUUAGCAGCAGCACCCCCCAAGCCCACACACACACGCACACCCAGGCGUCGCUAUCGGCCGUUUGUUUUGUGCUCAGAUUCGCGUGCCGCCUUUGUUUGGUGCUUUUUCGCCUUUCGUUGUCGGUUUUCCGGCGGCCCCCUCGUGUGUGUGCUUCCCUCCACCCCCUCUCUGUGCUCUUCGGCUCCUUGGCGGCUUCGUUUUGUGGCCCUCGUCCGGUUACGGUUUAGCGGCUUACGGUCACGGGUACGGCUCGUCCGAGUCCGGGCGCAGCAGCUCCGGCGGAUCCGGUUACGGCGGCGGGGGGGUCAGCAACAACGCCGCAGUGGAUGCCCAUGCAGGUGGCCUGGGCCUGGCCCAGGACUUUGGCAUGGGCGGCGGUCCGGGGGCGGGUCCGCCCACCCACAUGUACGGCGCCGUAGCCCCGCAGGAUAUAAUUGUCCGGGACAUGGUGCAAAUGCCCCCGCCGCCGCCCUCUAAUGCGCCCACAUCGGCGGACGCCUGUCUAAGCAUUGUCCAUUCGCUGAUGUGCCACCGGCAGGGCGGCGAGAGCGAGGGAUUCGCCAAGAGAGCCAUCGAGUCGCUGGUUAAAAAGCUGAAGGAGAAGCGCGACGAACUGGACUCGCUGAUCACGGCCAUCACCACAAACGGAGCCCAUCCCAGCAAGUGCGUGACCAUUCAGCGCACGCUCGAUGGACGUCUGCAGGUGGCCGGUCGCAAGGGCUUCCCGCACGUGAUCUACGCCCGGAUCUGGCGCUGGCCGGAUCUGCACAAGAACGAGCUGAAGCACGUCAAGUACUGUGCCUUUGCCUUCGAUCUCAAGUGCGACUCGGUGUGCGUGAAUCCCUACCACUACGAGCGCGUCGUCUCGCCGGGCAUUGAUCUGUCCGGCCUCAGCCUGCAGUCGGGACCCAGUCGCCUGGUGAAGGACGAGUACUCAGCCGGUCCGCUUGUCGGUGGGAUGGAUAUCGAUGGCAAUGACAUUGGCACCAUACAGCAUCAUCCCACGCAGAUGGUGGGUCCCGGCGGCUACGGUUAUCCACAGGGACCUGGUGAAUAUGUUGGCGAUCCCUUGAGUGCAAUGUUUCCCAGCGGCCGUACAAUACCGAAAAUUGAGCCGCAGGAUGGUGUUGUGGGUUCGCGCAGUUCUUGGAUGGUGCCACCUCCACCACGGCUCGGCCAGGCCUCCCAGCAGCAGCAGCAGCAGCAACAGCAACAAUCCCAGCAGCCACAACCCCCGCCGAACCCUCAGCAGCAGCAGCAAACCCAACCCCAAGCCCAGGCUGCCGCACAUCCGCUCUCCGUACCUCAUGGCAUGCCGAGCAUGCCUGGCCCCAUGAAUCCUGUAAUGGCGCCCCCACCUCCGCCCCAGCAGCAGCAGGCUCAGAAUCCCCAGGGCAAUGGGGUGCACCAUAACCAGGCUAAUUCCCCCACAGAUCCCGCCACCGCCUUGGCCAUGCAACAGCAGCAGCAGCAACAGCAGCAGCAACAACAGCAGCAGCAGCAGGCGGGGGGUGUUCCCAAUGGAGGUGUUAAUAGCAGCAAUGGGGCCACUGGCCCUGGACAGUACUAUGGCCAGCCGCCGCCCGGCAGUCAGAUGCAAGGAGGGGGAGGCAGUGGCUCGGUUCCGUCCACUGUGCAUGCCCAGCAAAACGGCUAUGUGUCACAGUCGGGACCUGGGGGAGGCACUCCAUCCGUUGGUGGCUUUGGCGCUGCUCCAACCAACGCCCAGCAGCAGCAGCAGCCACCGACUGGAGUGCAGGCCAAUGCGGGAUCUGCUGGUGGUGUGGCAGCUCAAGCUGGCGGGGGAGGUGGUGCAGCAGGGACCUGGACAGGUCCCAAUACACUCACCUAUACGCAGUCCAUGCAACCGCCCGAUCCGCGAUCCCUGCCAGGAGGAUUUUGGAACUCCACGCUCUCAGGUGACCUGGGUUCGCCGCAACAAACCCCACCACAGCAGCAGCAACAGCAGCAACAACAACAGCAAUCGCAGCAACAGCCACGUCUCCUUUCGCGCCAACCACCACCGGAAUACUGGUGUUCCAUAGCCUACUUCGAGCUGGACACACAGGUGGGCGAGACCUUUAAGGUGCCAUCAGCGAAACCGAACGUCAUUAUCGAUGGCUAUGUGGAUCCUUCCGGCGGCAAUCGCUUUUGUCUGGGCGCCCUCAGCAAUGUUCAUCGCACUGAGCAAUCGGAGCGAGCCAGGCUGCACAUUGGCAAGGGCGUGCAGCUGGACCUGCGUGGCGAGGGCGACGUUUGGCUGCGCUGCCUCAGCGACAACUCGGUGUUCGUACAAAGCUAUUAUCUGGAUCGCGAGGCGGGUCGCACGCCUGGCGAUGCCGUGCACAAGAUUUAUCCGGCGGCCUGCAUUAAGGUGUUUGACCUGCGCCAGUGCCACCAACAGAUGCACUCACUGGCCACCAAUGCCCAGGCAGCGGCCGCAGCUCAGGCAGCAGCCGUGGCCGGCGUGGCCAAUCAGCAGAUGGGCGGCGGCGGCGGUGGCGGUGGUAGAAGCAUCACUGCAGCCGCUGGGAUUGGUGUGGACGAUCUGCGUCGCCUCUGCAUUCUGCGGCUGAGCUUCGUCAAGGGCUGGGGACCUGACUAUCCGCGACAGUCGAUUAAGGAGACGCCCUGCUGGAUCGAGGUGCACCUGCAUCGCGCCCUCCAGCUGCUGGACGAGGUGCUCCACGCCAUGCCCAUCGAUGGGCCGCGAGCGGCGGCCUAAUCAUCUACGUUUAGGAUUCAGUUAAGGGCAGCUUUCCGGUCUUCAUUUGCACGUUUAUGUUUCUUUGCCUUUGAUUAUUUAAUAAUAAUGAUUUUUAUAAAAAAUUAAAAAUUGAACAAGUGGGCGAGCAGUCUUAAGUACGCAGCUAAGCAUCUAGUUUUAUGUACAAUAUAUUUAAAUAUACAAACUUACCCGCACACCCACACAGCGACCAUUGACAAGGCGGCAAGUGUUAGUUCGGUGCCCAUUUCCUGCCACGCGAAUCACCACCAGAAACAUACACACAGCAUUGCAACAAUCAUCCAAGCCAACGGGCGAAACAAAAAUAAGAAAAAAAACAUCGAUGCACACAUAAAUACAUACAUAUGAUGUAAAAUGCAAACGUACACACAUAAGGCAAAAGCAAAACAAGUAGUUGUAAUAUAAGUGUAAUAAACAGAGCAUAAACGAA